GACAGCUUUGUCCUCCCAGCUGGCGCGUGCCGUGUGUUUGAAUUUGCAGAUAAAUAUUUUUGGAAGUAUUCUUUGGCCCUUGAGGUAAUGGAUGAUGGAUGCCAAGCAUACUACACUCGUCCACUGGUUCCGCAAAGGUCUCCGCGUCCACGAUAAUCCCGCCUUGUCGCAAAUCUUUGCGGCGGCUAACGUUGCGCCUGAGAAAUUCCAUGUGCGACCCAUUUUCAUACUGGAUCCUGGCAUCCUUGAUUGGAUGCAGGUGGGAGCCAACCGCUGGCGUUUCCUUCAACAGACGCUUGACGACCUGGACCAGCAGCUAAGGCAGCUCCAUUCACGUUUGUUUGUGGUGCGGGGCAAGCCCGUGGAUGUUUUUCCCCGCAUCUUUAAAAGCUGGCGCGUGGAACUCCUGACAUUCGAGACGGACAUCGAGCCCUACGCCCUGAAACGCGAUGCAGCUGUUCAGAAACUGGCCAAAGACGCUGGCAUCAAGGUGGACACACAUUGUUCCCAUACAAUUUACAAUCCAGAGCUGGUUAUUGCCAAGAACCUGGGCAAGGCUCCCAUCACAUAUCAAAAGUUUUUGAGUGUGAUUGAACAGCUGAAAACUCCCAAGGUGCUGGAGUUGCCAGAGAAAUUGUCAAAGAAAGCGCUGCCGCCCAAGGAUGAAGUGGAGCAGCAGGACGAAGCAGCAUACGAUUGCCCCACUCUACAGCAGUUGGUGAAGAGACCAGAGGAUCUGGGACCCAAUAAGUUCCCUGGCGGUGAAACCGAGGGUCUGAGACGCAUGAAAGAGUCUCUGCGGGAUGAGCUUUGGGUGGCUCGCUUCGAGAAGCCAAACACUGCACCCAAUUCCCUGGAACCCAGUACCACAGUGCUCAGUCCGUAUCUGAAGUUUGGAUGCCUCAGUGCGAGGCUUUUCCAUCAGCAGUUGAAGGAGAUUCUGAAGCGGCAGCCCAAGCACUCGCAGCCGCCCGUCUCCCUCGUUGGACAAGUUAUGUGGCGUGAGUUCUACUACACGGUGGCUGCUGCCGAACCCAACUUUGAUCGCAUGCUCGGGAAUGUGUACUGCCUGCAGAUACCCUGGCAGGAGCAGGCCGACCAUCUGGAGGCCUGGACCCAUGGACGCACAGGGUAUCCGUUCAUCGAUGCCAUUAUGCGACAGUUGCGGAAGGAGGGCUGGAUACACCAUCUGGCACGACAUGCCGUGGCUUGCUUCCUGACGCGCGGCGAUCUCUGGAUCAGUUGGGAGGAGGGACAGCGUGUGUUCGAGCAAUUGCUGUUGGAUCAGGACUGGGCCCUGAAUGCCGGCAACUGGAUGUGGCUCUCGGCAUCGGCGUUCUUUCACCAAUACUUUCGAGUCUACAGCCCCGUUGCAUUUGGCAAGAAAACCGAUCCCCAGGGCCACUACAUACGCAAGUAUGUGCCAGAGCUGGCCAAGUAUCCGAAUGGCUGCAUCUACGAACCCUGGAAGGCCACACUCUCCGACCAGCGGGCAUACGGCUGCGUUCUGGGCGUUGACUAUCCGCAUCGCAUCGUCAAGCACGAGCUGGUGCACAAGGAGAACAUCAAGCGGAUGAGUGCAGCUUACAAAGUGAAUCGGGAAGUGCGCACCGGCAAGGAGGAGGAUUCUCCCGAGGCUGAUCGCUCAGCCGCAGGCAAGCGAAAGGUGGCCAAGUCCACAGGAAAUGCCGCCAAACGAAAACGUUAAAAGACAUUUGUAUAUCAUAUAUUAUGCUACCCCUGCUAGGGGUACAUAUUGUUUUGUAUUAUUUUGAAACGAAUUUAUAAUGUGAUUGCAGAAUCUCUGCGAAUGGAAUUGAACUAGAAAUUGUAGCUAAAAUGAACGAA